UAUUUUAAAAAAGAAUACACAUCCAACAUGGUUGUUUCAAAUCUCAACCACCAAACGUAACGAAGCUCUCAUCGUAGUAAAAAUGAGCAGACAACGUUUUUUAUUCAAUCAACAACUGAGCGUAAAAUGUUCAAGAACAAAUUCUACUUUGUUACAAGCAUGAGUGUGCGCUGGAUUAUAGAUUACAUCUGAACUCAACUCUGUUAUAACAUUUCGAGAUCACUUCAGCAAAAAAAGCGUAGAAAAUUGCCAAAAACGAUAAAAGACUAUAAAAAUUUGUUAAAUUCAGCGUAUAUUGAACAACUGAUUAUUGAUUUUUUUCUUCAAUUUCAAUUUAGCUUUGGAAACUCAAAUGGAGGCACCGGAUUUAUCAUUAACUGUUAAUGCAUUAAUCCCAAAUGGAUCGACAAAACCUGAUUUCUAUUAUACCUAUUACAAUCCACCUGGGCGUCCCAAAUCUAGCUGGAACUAUAAAAAAUCAGUGGCUCAAAACGAUAAUUCCAGGAGCAAAAGUGCACAUCCAAAUACAACAAAAGGGCCUCAAACGUCUUUAGAUCUUAGUCAAAUUAGCCCUCGUGAAUCGAGAAUUUCGAUGGCAUUAGAUCAAGUGAUGCAGAUAAAUGUUAAAAAGGACCCCAGUUUGAGGACGAUCGAUUUGCCUGAGGAAGGGGAGAAACUGGUCACUACACCUCGCGAUGCCCUGCACCCUUUUAGUCACCGUCAGAUUAUGUUUAAUCCCAAAGUGAAAUCGAAAGAGUACAUGCGUGCAGCUGAUCCAUACCACAGUCAAGACUACUACCACAAGGACAGGACAAUCGGCACCCCUCCACCACAAAGACUGCAGCCAUUCCAGGAACAAAACCAACAGACCCCACGUCAGGUAAUCAAUUCCAAUCAACACACCGAGCGAACAUCGCAGGUGCGACCUAUUUCGACACACAAGAUGCCAGAAUGGGGAAAAAACUCCAGUGGGCGGAACAUGGCAGGCAAUCAGAAGCAUUACAUGUUGUACUUGAGGUCUCUCAGACACAGACACGACCACGACAGACAGAACCACAGUCAGAGUGUCGACAGCAGCCUCCAACGUAUUCAGAGCAGCAAGCAUUCUUCUCGCGUGGACCAAUCCAGCGCCAAAGCUCUUUCGAAUGGAGCCAAACGACCUCCUCAGAUGUGCACGCUAACCGAAACCUGGGAUGUGAAACACGCUCGUAACGGGACAUCCAAAUCACCCAUGGACAUCGCUGAGAGAAAGAGUGAAUUCCACCGGGAGUUACUGUAUACCAAGCAGCGCAAACAACAGAUGAAUAUUCGCACGUCCGAGACUCCUAGAGAUGACGAAGGGAUUUUAGAUUGGCUUCUCAGAUCAGUGACUGCAGUACCGUUAGAUUCGAAAUACGCUCCCAGAAACACAACUCGCUUGUUUCAACUGUCAGUUCACGCCCUCGAGAAACAAAUUUCAUCUCCAAGCACAGUCACAAAACCCGAUAGAUCUAAAUCUGCAAUCUUCCCUCGGAAUCCAACAGAGAAUCAAUCGCGGCGCCUUUACAUCGACCCCAAAGUUCGCGCCAAAACUGCCGAUCUGAGGAACCGAGGAGUGUCAAUCAACGUGCUAAGGACUCCCGCAAGCGGAAUCACGAGGGGCCGCAACGUCAAGAGUGCCGUAUCAUCGGCAGCCGGUAGACUUUCCCUGCAUGGCGAUGAGAGCACGGAAGAAAAAGUGGAAAGUUCACGGCGCCUCUGGAGUGCACAUCAUCGGCAGAAUUAUGACAAACGCACAUCUGUUCCAACCGCAACGGACUUGGAUCUAGACUUCGGCCAAGAAGUAAUUCAACAGUACAUUCCAAAUGAGAACAACGAUGACGAAGAAGAAUAUGUAAACGAUGAAACUCUGGCUGGGCUCACUCUUCAAGAAUCUUUUCCACAGAUGGAGUCAAAUUUAGCCACCGCCUAACAUUAAAAACUGAGCACUAACUAACGCGUCACUAACCUUAAAUGCUGCAGAAUACAAAAAUAGAACACAAAACGUGAUAGUUUGAUAACUGAGAGCCAAUUCCAGUUCACCUAAAUCUCGAUAAAAACAAUAGAAAAUAGCUAGAUUUAUUUUGAAUCUUUCUUUUUUCGAAAUCAAGCUUGCUUCCAA